AUGACUCUCCAGCUUCAACCCAUUGAUUCCGAGGUUGAUUUUCCUGCGCUUGCACGAUGCUUGUUUGAGUCCUACGAAAGCCCUUCGCAGAAAUUCUCUCACAUUUUCUUCCCCAUCCAUGGAACAAGUGAUAUUGCCCACGAAGAUGCAAUCAAUGAAGCAGCAACUCGGCUGAAGCUAUGGCAUACGCACGAUCCAUCGAGUUACUAG